AUGCAGCAGCCGCCGCCACCACGUUACGUUUUGCAGGUGAGUACGGGCAAAUGGCGAAAACAACCCGCCUCACUUAGCGCUGGGUCAGUCAAAGAGGCUGAAUACCUACAAAACUCUAUGGACUACUUUUUGAAAAGGGCCAUGUGUGCAUCAGUCCCUGCCGCAGCUGACAGCAACCACACGCCGCGUUUGAUUGCUGAAGCACCGAAGGAGUUGGAGUGGUUCGAGACGCGGCACUGUCCACGGUCAUCGCGGGUUCCUUCAUUUUCGUCCGCCCCGUUGGAUGUCAACCCCAUCGUUGGUCUUUUAUGUGAUGUGCCCCUGUACGACACCUGUGACGCUCUCGUUCAGCAAAAGGGGGUGAUGUGGGAAAGGCUGCAGGAUGGGCUUCUCGACGAUGUGGCAUUGCAGCUGAGUUUUGAUGAAUUCUAUGGCGUUUGCGAGCGGUUGGUGCCCAAUAUGGUGAGCCGAGAGUACUUGCAGCGAAUGUUUUACUUGCUGCUUUCCGGUGAUGAAAAGGAUUCGCUGCCUCUAUCUUCCUUCUUCUCCUUCCUUGUCGAGCAUGCCUUCCACCCGGCGCUGGAUCGAAACGUAGAUGCGCUUUUCAGAGCGUUUGAUCCGGAUGGUACAGGCGUGAUCUCUGCGGCCACGCUGACGUCCAAGGUUGUUUUUGCAUGGGCGGAGCUGAAUUUGUUUGGGAACUUGCGAGUGGAGUGGGAGAAGCUGGCCGCUGCGCUCAAGGUGACGAACGGUGUGGACCUGCGCAUCGUCGACGGUGCUCGGUUACUCACCCCAGAGGCGACGCGCGCCGUCUUUUGCGCCUCCCACAAGUUGUACGCUGUCAUGGAGUCGAUUGACAUGGAUGGGCCCCACCUCGGCAAGUCGUCAUCGUGA